AUGAUCAACGGAAUCUUCCACGAAAGGCAGCGGCGGGAGUUGUGCGCUUUGCACGCAUUAAAUAAUGUCUUUCAGCAUAAAGAAUUCACCAAAGACGAACUGGACCAAGUCUGUAACCGGCUAGCUCCGGCGUCAGUACUCAACCCUCACAAGUCGUUUCUCGGAACCGGCAACUACGACAUAAAUGUUAUAAUGGCUGCUCUCCAGUCCCGUUCGUACCAAGCAGUGUGGCAUGACAAGAGGAAAAGGCCAGCGUCGAUCGACCUCGGUAGAUGUUCCGGCUUCAUAAUCAAUUCCCUCUCAUCGGUUUCUAUUGGCGUGCUAAAGCUGCCUAUUCGGCGACGACACUGGAUCGCCAUUCAAUCAAUCGACGGCGAGUACUGGAAUUUAGACUCGAAGCUGAAAACGCCCGAGAAAAUCGGUGACCCAUCGAACCUAAUCGACUACCUCAAGAAACUACUAUCCGACAAAAUGACGGAGCUUUUUCUCAUCGUCACAUCCGACGAAGCAGAACUAAACAGAUUUUACAAAUCGAACAACGGUUCCAUAUCCUCGACAGAAGAGUGA